AAACGCCUGCAUACGCGAGCUGAGCGCUACACUACCCAUCGGCCCAUUGCCCCGUCAAGCCUCACUACCAGGCAUAGUAAGUCUUAUACUUUGCUCAUCCCUCCCCCUCCAGUCUCUCUCCCACAUGCUGCAAUGGCGGCACAAGAUUUCCUCACCAUCACACGCCUUGGCUGGGCAGUAGCCAUCAUCCUUAUCGGCCUCGUCGUUCGCUUCUUCCAACGUCUCCACUAUCAUCGUACCCUCGUCAAAGGCCUACCCGGCCCGCCUCAUUCCUACCUAUGGGGCUCUCUCAUCAGCAUGAACGAAACGCUCCGCACGCAGCCCAAACGCGCCGCCCCGCAGACCUUUGCGACCAUUCUGAAGGAAAAGUACGACCUCCCUGAUUGUUUCUACCUUGAUCUAUGGCCUUUCGGACCCAUGACGAUGAUGAUCAUGGACGCCGAUGUCAUGGGCCAGGUCACUGUCAAGCAGAGCUUUCCCAAAGCUGUCGAAGUCGGCACUUUCAUGCGCACCGUCUCCGGGCCCGGUGAUCUGGUGGCCAGCGAGGGCGCGACUUGGAAGAAGUGGCGUGCUACCUUCAACCCAGGCUUUGCCGCGAACCAUCUCAUCAGCUUGGUUCCGCUCAUGGUGGAUCAAUGCCUCGUCUUCUGCGACGUCUUGACGAAACGCGCUGGAAACAACGACCUGUUCCGCAUGGAAUCCGAUACUACUCGCCUCACUGUCGACAUCAUCGGCAAGAUCGUGCUCGACGCCGAUCUGAACUCACAACGAGCGCCGAACCCGCUCGUGGAUGCCCUGAUGCAGCAAAUCCGGCUAGUCGGUACUGGAGCAAUAUUCAAUCCAAUCGAAGCCAUCGACUGGCCGUACCGCUGGGCUCGCCAAGCCUACAACAAGUGGAUAAUGGACCGCUACAUUGGCGCACGUCUCGAAGAACGCUGGGCGACGCGGGAAGCGCGAGGCAAAUCUCGUACCGUCAUCGACCUGGCCAUGGACACCUACGUCAAAGAAAACAAAGCCAGCGACUCGGGUGCUGCCAACAACAAACGUCUCGACUCGGAAUUCAAGCAAGCCGCCAUCAGCAACAUGAAAACCUUCAUCUUCGCCGGCCACGACACCACCAGCAGCACCAUCUGCUACUGCUACUACUACCUCAGCAAAGACCCCGCUCGUCUCGCCAAAAUCCGCGCCGAACACGACACCGUCUUCGGCCCCGAUCCCGACGCCGUCGCCGACCAACUCCGCCAUGACGGCCAUCUCCUCAACAAACUCGAGUAUACACUCGCAGUCAUCCGCGAAGUCCUCCGCCUGCAACCGCCAGCUUCCACCCUCCGUACCGGACCCCCGGGCUCUUUCGCCACAGACCCAACGACCGGCCAGCGUCUGCCAACCGAGCACUUCAUGAUGUGGUGCGUAGACGUAGGUCUGCACCGUAACCCCAAAUACUGGGACUCCCCUCACGUGUUUCGCCCCGAACGCUUUCUGAAAGACGACUCCAAAUCUGAUACUUCGGCGAACUUCACCAGUAAUCCGGCCUGGGUUGGUUUCUCCAAAGGUCCACGAAACUGCAUCGGUCAGGAGCUAGCGGUACUGGAGACGAAGGUUAUCUUGGCCAUGACGUUGCGGAAGUUUGAGUUCCAGGCGGCGUUUGAUGAGCUGGUGAAGUUGAGAGGGGAUGGGAGUGGGUAUCCCAGUGAUUUCGAGGGGAUUCAGACGCAGUUUGGGGAGGAGGCGUAUCAGAUUCAGAUGGGCGCAGCAAAGCCGCGAGAGGGAAUGCCUUGUCGGAUACGCUUGAUACGAUAGAGUGCACAGAUGUGUAUGGCUUGGAGAUGUUCCAGAGAUAGUCGUUGCUUGUGCUUUCCCUUGUUCGAGGAUUUCACUGCUACAUCCCCACAACACCAUCCAAACUCGACAUAGUUCUUCCAGGGUGCUCUCAUUGCUUCGUCCAGACUACUUCGUCUGCCGAUCUUGUCGUCUACACCAGUUUCAAGCUUCAAAAGACGCAGAAGCGACCCCAAGGCCCAAGACACCUACUCCACUAAUCUACGCAGCGAGCGAGAUCGCAAGCAGCAGGCAAAUAUGUCCGGAGCCCAAGCCCAAGCUCGUUGCAUACGCAAGGCGGUCAGUCUUCGUGCUUGAAAGG